GCUAUCGUGUCGAGGGUCGUCAUCGUCAGUGAAGUCAAAGCCAGUGUCUCGUUAACACACCAGAGGUCUACUGGUAGCACUUUAUUUUUUCAUUGCCGUCGAGCGUUACUUUUUAAUUUUCUUUUAAACUGUACUUACUAUACAAUAAAAACAGUAAAUCGCAUUCGGACGAACACAUGAGUAGUAUUUAACGUAAAAGAUUAUACACGUGCAAAAAACUUAAUAGUGAAUUUCUCCAAAAACGAUGCACAAUACAAUUUAUCUAUGCUGCAGCUUUCGGUAAUAAGGUCCCCAUGAACUUCGAAGGCCUUUGGAGGUACCCACCGAAUGGAUAACGUUUUAACAUUUGUUAUUGGUUUUGGAUUUGGAUAACCAAGAAUGACUUGACACCAAAAACGUCCACACAAGACGACGAUCUGUUGCAGUCCGCACAACUGGACCCGGUCUCCGCCUCCGCAGGGGAGGAAACGGUAUGGCCGGGGGUUGAGUGGUCGUCAGUUAAGGGUUCGAUGGAUUGGUGCGCAGGUGGAGAAGAUCUCUUGGGCGAUCCAACGCUACUGGUGGCUGCAGGUAUGCUUCAUGGACCAACGCAAUUCUGCACAGAUACUUGCUGUACGCCAGGGUUGGAACAACCGAAUGAUCUACAGUUUCCACAACCCACGAUCGUCUCAGUCAGUGGAUCUUACGGUAAGCAGUGCGGUGAUAAUAUGGCAGAUGAACUACUGUCUCUAAAACACACUGUAGCAACUCCUCAAUCUUCUGCCGAACAACACCAUCUUCAACAGCAACCAGACCAAGGAUACACUUUAUCGACCAACAACGACGAUUCUCCUCCUCUUGUCGACUAUGAUAGUACAGUAUCUCCUUACGGCGAUCAGGGCUGUUGGACAACAUUGGGAAGUCAUCAACAACUACAAGAACAACUUCCUCAGCAACAAUAUCAAAGUAUGAGCGUCAACGUAAGCAUGAAUAUGACAAUGCACGGAUACCCUCCUAUACAUGGCGACGCCCAAUUUGGUUGUCAAUCAAUGGGUUGGGCACUACCGACUUCACCUUCGCCUGUUCACUUCCACGGUCAAACACAUCACCAAGGGUUACUCAGCCCUUUGGUGCCGAUGAGCUCUAAUUAUCCUGCCGGAGCUGCAUAUUCUUUUACGGCCGAUUUCCGACACCAAGAUCUUCCACCGCCGCCAUACGCGUGCAACAUCGACGACAUGAUCGAUUGCAAGGAAAGGAAGCCCACAGAACUGGUCAUGUCACUCGGAACUGGCGAAUGCGGUACUAUUGCGGGAGGCGGUUCGAUAUCGGGAGAAGAAGGAUGUCGACCGAAUUUGUGUCGAAUAUGUGGUAAAACGUAUGCGCGACCUAGCACGUUGAAGACACACUUGCGAACGCACUCCGGGGAAAAACCGUACCGGUGCGAUGACUGCAAUAAAUCGUUUAGCCAAGCGGCCAACCUAACGGCGCACGUCCGCACACAUUCCGGUGAAAAGCCGUUCCGAUGUCAAAUUUGUGAUCGCCGGUUCUCGCAGUCUUCAUCGGUCACCACUCACAUGCGCACUCAUUCGGGCGAACGGCCGUACCGUUGCCGACUGUGCAAGAAAGCGUUCAGCGACUCAUCAACGUUGACCAAACACCUGAGGAUACACUCCGGUGAAAAACCGUACCAAUGCAAGUUGUGCUUGUUGCGGUUUUCGCAGUCUGGAAACUUGAAUAGGCACAUGCGGGUCCACAGCGGUAUGAAUGGCGCCGACAUACUUUUGCCCGUAUGACGGUGGCGGACUGCCGGUCACCAUCGUCAGUACAACGAAGCGUUACCUAUGCACCACCACAAUAACCUUAAUUAUUUUUGGUAUUCUACGGAUAAUAUCAAAACUGAACAAAUUAAAAAAAUUGAAAACGUUACAAAUUUAGGUUAUUGAAAAAACCUAUUAACAUCUAAACAAUUAUGAUCAUAAUUAUAAUUGCUCAUAUGAAAACUGUCGACGUACAUUUUAGUGUUAUAUGUUCAGUAGUAAUUAUAAGAACUCACGAUAUACUUAAAGUAACAUUCUCAUUAUAAUUUUUGUGUAACGGCUAAUCACUAAUUUACUAAUUCAGUAGUCUAACGUUUGUUGACUGAAAAAGUAAUGAUUAAUAAUGAUUUUUCAACAUUAAAAUUGUUAUGGUGAAAAAUAAGAAAAAAAAAGUAAAUAUCGAAUAUGUUCAUUAAAUUUUAAAAAAUGUACAUCUUAUCUUUUAAAUAUUAAACAACUUUGUCGGCAUCUAUCCACGCACAGAUUAUGUCUAAUGCGUCUUAGUAAUGUUUUUUUUAAUUUACCACUGAAAAAUAAAAUUUGAUAAGAGAUAAAGAUCUCUUACUCUCAUUUGAGUAUAAUUUUUUAGUACUUUAGUGAACUUAUAUGUAAAAUUUCAUAAUUAAACUAUUUCAUUUUUGCUUAGUCGUUAUCACAUCAAGAUGUUUCAGCACUAGUAUAUCUUGUUUAUAUAUUAAGGUAAAGCUCUCGAAGUUAUUGUUAAAUAAUAGCGCUUAAAUAAAAGUAACUACUGUUUACUUAUCGAUAGUCAACUAAAAUACAAGUAAUAAAUUGAAUGAAUCAAAAUUUAGUAAAAACAAGUCUGAUCAGUCUAUUAAAAGUAUAUAAACUUUGUUUACAAUACAAUUUUAAUAAUAAGGGUUUAAUAUUACAGUCGAAAAAUCAUAUAAUAAAUUGUUUACUCUAUUUAUGACAAAUUCAUUUUACUUGUUGGAAAUUGAGUUGUAAAUACAUAAACAUUCUAUAUUUCUGUUAAAAUAAUACUUUAAAAUAACUUACCUUAGUAUUUCAAUAAUUACUAUGCACUAAAAUAUCGGAGUGUAAUUCAUAUACAUCACAAAGAUAAUUCAAAUAAGAGUUUUAAAUUUCACAUAAGAAAAUUGUAUUUUUCUUAUAAUCAAUGACUGACACCACUAAGCACUGCACAUAUAAAACACAUUUUUCACUAUUAUAAUUAUAAUUAUGUAUAUAUGCACAUAUUUUUAAAAAUAAAACGCAUUUUGUUCCUUUUUUGUUAACAAAUUUAUAGUGGCGUAUUUAGGGGAGUGUCAACAGCAACCCCUUGAAUAUAUGCGAUGUUUCAUUAUGAUAUUUUUUUGUUGUUAUAUGUAUAUUUUCAAAUGAUGAGAAAAAAACAGAAAUUUACCUGUUAAACUCGAUUAUUAUUAUUAAUCCUGUGUACGCCAUAUAAAUAUAAUCAAUAUAUAUAUAUAAUAUAUUAUUUACAAUUCAGUGGCACAACUAAAGCUUAAAUCUCGAGCACAUCACUAAUUUUUUAGUAAUUAAUUUCCAAAUUAAGUUUAUGAACAAAAAAAUCUUUUUAAUUUACUAAAAACAUUUAAAAAAUGAAAUACUUUGGGUCGAUGUCGUCUUUAUGUUUAAGAAGAACAUUAUGAAAUGAUAUAAGAAAAAUUCCUUCUUGAUAAUAUUUUUAGAUAUUUCUGUUAAAACUGUUUCGUAAAUCACAGUGAAUACUUGGAGGUUUUUAAAGUUAAGUUACAGAUAAUAAUACUCUCUACACACAAUUGUAGUUAUGCCGAUGUUACAAUUUACCUUCACUUAAAAUGAAUCAACAUUAAUAUUGUUCUUAAACAGCUGGUUUUAAUUUUUUUCCUAAUGAAAUGUUUGAUUUAAUGAAUAAAAAACUAUCGAUAUAAGUUAACAAUAAAUCUGUUUAUAUACAUAUAUUUAUUUUGUGCAAUACCGAAUGAAUUGUUGAAAAUAGGCACACUGUGUUAUAAUUUUAAGACUUUUAAAUAGUACACAUUUUAAUGUGUUAUUAAUACUAAGAAAAUGAACUCAACUCUUUCUAAAAUUAUUGUUGCAUUUUUUUUCAAUGUAUUUCUGUAAACAACCUAAAUACUUACAUUUUGUUCAUUUUAUUGUUUAUGUGAAAUGUGUAUUCUCAAUCUAGUCAAUAUUUUUAAUGUAAAAUGGAAUCUUAGAAUUAUUAAAU